AUGGCGAUCCCUGCGUACACUUUCUGCCUAAUCCUUGUGGUUAUGGCUACAUGCGGAGAAUCUGAAAUGGUGGAAGAUAACGUCCAGACCCCCAACCAAUCAGAGGCUCUUUCCGACACAGUGAAACCUGAUGCUGACGAGGUGGAAAUUCCAAUUCAAGACUUCUUCCCCCAGACUGCCCCCAGCAUCGAUGAGGACACCCUACUAGACACCGUGGAUAGCGACAUUUCAGACGAAGUGACGCCUUACGACGUGGACGACACUGCUGCGGAGGACGAAGAAGCAUUUUUCACCAUGGAACCAAGGGUGGAAGACUUUAGUGGAGAAGACGCAUAG